AUGGCCGACUCCGCUCAAGCUCCGAUGAACGGCAAUUACCCUGCUCAGCACGCCUACCACGACUCCUACAACCACACUCACGCGGCCAUGAAUAAUGCGGCCAACUUCCAGCCUGCACAGUCUUCCACUCCCACCAAUGCUCCCCCCGCCGACCAGCAGAAGAAUGGAAUUUCCAAGGAUGAGGUCGGCUGGUACUUCGUCGAACAAUAUUACACCAACAUGAGCCGUAGCCCGGAGAAACUGCACCUGUUCUACUCUCGGCGCUCGCAGUUCAUCUUCGGUACGGAGGCUGAGACGGUUACCAUUGCUAUGGGCACCAAGGCGAUUCAAGAAAAGAUCAAGGAGCUCGACUUCCAGGACUGCAAGGUUCGCGUUCUGAACGUCGACUCUCAGGCUUCGUUCGACAACAUCCUGAUCGCCGUCAUUGGUGAAAUCUCGAACAAGGGCGAGGCUUCUCGCAAGUUCGUCCAGACCUUCGUGCUUGCGGAGCAGCCCAAUGGGUACUACGUCCUCAACGACAUCUUCCGCUUUUUGGUUGAUGAAGAGGAAAUCGUCAAUGAGGAGGCUCCCGCUGCCGCCCCCGCUCCUGUUGAGGAGACUCCAGCGGAGGCGCCCUCCCAGGCCGUGACCGAGCCGGCUCCCGCCGCGGAGAAGUCGCAGGUGGACACUGAGUCUGCCGCGGCCAAGGUGGACGAGAAGCUUGAGGAGGCCGAAAAGAACGGCGAGGAGGUGCCGGCCAAGGCGGUUGCGGAGCAGACCAACGGCACCGAGACCAAGGAGUCAGAGGCUCCUGUCCAGCCCGCUGCCGCCGCCAAGCCUGAAGCUGUCCAGCCCGAGAAGCCCGCCACUCCCGAGUCCACUCCUGCGGUGCCCGCGCAGAAGGAAGCCCCCGCCCCUGCGAAGGAGGCUGCCCCUGCUCCUGCGCCCGCUCCCGCGAAGGCUCUCCCCAAGACCUGGGCCAACAUCGCGUCCAAGUCGGGCGCGUCCGCUCCUGUUGUGCCCGCCAUCCCCGUCUCCCCGGCUAAGCCUGCUCCCGCUGCUGCUCCGGCCGUCCCCCAGCCGGCUGCUGCCACUCCUGCCGCCCCGGCCCCUGAGCCCACUCCCGCUAGUCAGCCCUCUUCCAAUGACGGAUCUGGCUGGCAGACCGCUGGUCAGGAGAACAAGAAGAACCAAUCCCGCUCGAACGAGGAGCAGAACACUCUUGGCUACAUCAAGAAUGUUACUGACAAGGUGGACCCCAACUUGCUUCGCCAGACCCUCACUCGCUUUGGAAAGCUCAAGCAUUUCGACGUGAACCGCACCAAGAGUUGCGCCUUUGUUGAGUUCGCUGAUCCCGCGGGCUAUGCGGCUGCGGUUGCUGCCAACCCUCACCAGAUCGGUACCGAGCAGAUCUCUGUUGAGGAGCGUCGCGCUCGCGCCAACGCUUACGGUGGCGCCUAUGGCGCCGGCCGGGGUGGUGCUGGUCGUGGCCGCGGUGACCGUGCCGGCAGCCAGGGCCGUGGCGGUUUCCAGCGCGAUGGCCGGGGCGGCUUUGCUCCCCGUGGUCGUGGUGGAAACGUCAAUGCCAAGGGUCGCAACCAGGCCCCGGCCGCUUAA